UCAGUUUCUAUAGCAACUUGAUGAUAAACAUUGCCUGUGAGUGUUGAAGUUACUUCGACUGAAAGACGGCGAAAUGUCUGAAAUGUCGGCGAUGAACAGAAAAAUCAUUCAAAAUCUAGCAGAGACCUUUUCCAGGCAAAUAAAACACUUUAACAGAACUGAGAUGGAGUGUCUAAUACGACUGUUUAAUGGCUUGCUGGGAGACCAAAGUGACCGGAGAGCUGCAAAUGGCCUGGAUCGGGGUAAAUUCAGGAACAUUCUCCACAAGACGUUUGGAAUGACAGAUGAUAUGAUCAUGGAUAGAGUUUUUCAUGCAUUCGAUAAGGAUAAUGACAGCUAUGUCAAUGUGAAGGAGUGGACAGAGGGUUUGUCAGUGUUUCUACGUGGGACAUUGGAUGAGAAAAUAAAAUACUGCUUUGAUGUGUAUGACUUGAACGGAGAUGGUCAUAUUUCUCGGGAAGAGAUGUUCCACAUGCUGAAAAACAGCCUCAUCAGACAACCAACAGAGGAAGACCCAGAUGAAGGCAUCAAAGACCUGGUGGAAAUUGCUCUAAAGAAAAUGGAUCAUGAUCAUGAUGGCCGUCUGUCUUUCACUGACUUUGAGAAGGCAGUAAGGGAGGAAGACCUGUUACUGGAAGCUUUUGGAACUUGUCUCCCAGACGCAAAGAGCAUACAGGCAUUUGAACAGCAAGCAUUCCAGGAUUCUCUUGAGAACUAAUUCAGGCAUGUUUUAUUCCAAGUUCUCACCAAAUAAAUAACUCUGACUUAAAUUUUGGGUGUACGUCCUCAGACACCUAAUACCCUUAUCACCAGUAUUAUUGGGUGUAGUUCCUGUGAAGACAUGGAAUGCUAUUUAUAUCCUCCUUCGUGGCUUGGGAGUGGUGGCUUUCUUCUCUGCAGGCUUGUACUCUGGAACUGACGAAACCUAACAUAUGACGACAAAGAAGAGAAUGUACACUGAAUAUUCUCAGACUUAAACUUGAAUGGUUAAAUAUGUCUGUAUUUAAUAUCCUAGAAUGUAUAUAGUGUUGCAGAGACACACUGCAUUUCUAGCUUAACAUAUGUCAAGCUAGAAAUGCAGAGAUUUCAGAAAUGUGAUCUGAUGGAACAACAACAGUGUUUAUUAAAAUUCAGUAACACAU